AUGUCUUCCUCAACUAAUUGUGCUGCAGUGGUGUUUCUAUCCUGUCCAUUGCCAGAUUUUGCCUCAUUUUUCGAUUUUGUUGCUACGCUUCCUUCCACUCCACCUACUUCCCCUCAACGAGCCCAGUCUGCUGCACGUCAUGCUGAGAGAAAUCAACGUAAUCUUGGCUCGCCUCCUGCACGACGUGUACCGCAAAAUGAUCCUGCCCCUGUAGCACCAGAUGCUCCCCAUAUGAAUAUUCCUCAUAUGCUAGGAAAUUUAAAUCAUGCUCAGAUCCCUGUGCAGAGAUUUCCUGGAAUUCCACGAAAUGCAAUUGAGCGUCAUGAGGCGCAUCGUCAGUGGCGUGCUCAUCACCCACUACCACCCCCACCUGCUCCAGGCUUUGGCUAUUUUCCUCCUGGUCCUCCUCCUCCCAUCCCUGUCUAUCCUCCAGGAUUUGGUGGCUAUCACCUCCCUCCUGCUCCUGCUCCUGCUCCUGUUCCUGUCCCUGCCCCAGCUCCUGCUCCUGUCCCUGCCCCAGCUCCUGCUCCUGUCUACCCUGCAGCUCAAAUGCCGAUGUAUGGUGCUGUAUAUUAUGAGGAAUGCCCAUCCAAUUCCUCAUGA